CCACCUAUCGGCCAUCAUCAUAUCUCCGCUCUGCCGCCGCCCCGCCCGCCCCAGACACGAGAGUGACGUAUAGGCCUAUUUUUAUAAGGAACCCACCCACUUUUGUCUUGUUUAGAAGGAAGAUGGAAAACCGUUCACAAGAACAGCCAUGGAGGUUGAGAGUUCUAGUGGAGCCACGUGGAUUUAUCAAGAUCCUGGAAUUUAUUCUUGCUGUUUGUAUGUUUGCUACCACAGCAGGUUAUGGUGAUGAAUUGCGGUAUACCAUCACCUGUAAUAAAACUGGUGGGCCCCAAAAUAAAAAGUUCAAAAUCGCUUAUCCUUUUGAACUCAACAAAGUUCUUGUACCUGGAGGUUGUACAAUGGGUGACUACUACCUUGGUGGUGAUGCUUCUGGAGCUGCUAAGUUCUUUGUAUGUAUAGGUGUACUUGCCUUUCUCUAUGUUAUUGGUAUCACCGCUUGGUAUGUCUUUUUGGAACACAAGCAUCUCAAUUGGGAUAUGGUUCCAAUGGCUGACUUUGUCAUUCACUGCUUUUUCACUUUGUUCUUCUUCAUCUCGUCUUGUGUAUGGGCAGCUGGUGUGAAUGAGGUGAAAACUCAUACAGAUUUUGACAAUAUUCAAGAGGAUGUGUUAUCUGCUGAGUGUAUGAACACUAAUAACACCUGUAAACUCACGGAUCCCCUCAGUUUUGCAUCCCUCAAUGUCUCCCUGUUGUUCGGUUUCCUGAAUGCUGUAGUGUGGGGUGGCAAUUGUUGGUUUGUUUACAAAGAAACAUCUCUUUUUGGUAACAAACGUGAUGUUGAUAAUACUGAGGCAGAGAAAAACGUGGAUGUGCCAACAAACACUAUUUAAUUACUCUGACUGCCAGUAGCUAAUAUUCGCUUGGUAUUCAAUUGUUUUUUUUUCCCGUUUUUCUCAUUUCAUUGACCUUGAGAUGUCAAGUAAAAGCUAAAUUUACUAACAUCUAAUUUUUUUGUAUUAUUAUUCUAUAUACACUUAAUUUUACAUAAUUUUUUGGAUAUUUAUCUUUAGUAGAGGUAGAUCAAGUUAUCUCUGACUAUAUAGGGAGCUUGGCAUACUCAGGGGAUUGUGAUAGAGGGGAUAGUGAAUCUAGCAUUCAUAAAUACUUCAGACCUUGCACCAUUUACAUAAAGCAGUGUGAUUUUUUUUUUCAUCAGUAUUACUCAGUUAUGUGGGAUUCUAUAAAUUCCUCCUUUAUUUCACCUGCUUAAAAAAAUUAAGGAAAGAUUGGAGAGGGAGUUGAAUUCCUCUUUCCUAUAAAUCUAUCUUUCAUUUUAAUCCAUUUGUUUCUUUUUGUACUUCAACAUUAACUUUAUUUUAUAUAAUUUAGAUAUUAACUUUGUGCACAGAAAUGUAGCAUCAUGAUUCAUGACAGAUUUGGGAAAACUGUAAUAUUAACAGUAUUAAAAUGAAUAUGAAAUUUCUUGAAAUGAUUAAAACACAGCAGCGGACUAGUAAUGUACAGAGUAUAUUUUGUUUAAUUGAAUAACUGACCAAAUGAAGGCACUUUCAAUACAAGAUGAUAUUCAAGUGUUUGAGUGAAUAGAACAAACUAUUAGUUUUUUAUUUCAAUGAUGUUCAUUGGCUUUUGUACAAUUUCUGUCUUGUUUACAAGUUUACACAUGAAAACAUACUUUUUCUCACUGCUGUUGUUGUUACCAGAACUUUAAACGGACGUGCAGGAAAUUUUGUACACAUAAACUAGAGGUGAUUUCCAACAAACGUUCAUGACCCUUUUUUUAAAGUUGAAACCCAGGGAGCCCAAUACACCUACAAAACAAAACUGAGUUUCAUCAAGGACUGUACAUUACUGCAAUUACCACUAAUAAGACUUGUCACAUGCAUGGUGCGGUCGGUUAACGAUGUGUUCUAAGAAACCAAAGGUCGUAAGUUGGAAUCGCAUCUUGAUAUUCAAAUUUAAGACUGGUGAACGGUCACUCUUGUUACAAAUUAUAUCUAGUCAUAAAUCAUCACAAUGGUAUGUAAUAAAUUGGUAGGAAAAUAUUAGACGAUGAGUAAUCGCUGGUAAUAGGACUAUUUUUUAUUGCCUGUGCCAAGUGUGAGUUUUCUUGUCCAAUUUUUGCGCAUGUUGUCAUGUUUGGAGGGCGCCCAUACAUGCUAUUUACUGACGGCAACAACAGCUCAACAAAUAUACAUAAGUUAUUUGCACAGUUUGUCUAGUUGUAUCUUCCCCUAACUCCCAGCAGUAAAGUCUGUUGUUCUAUAAUAAUAAUAUGUAACAGUAAAGCAAUACGUUGUAUGAGAAUGUGUAGGUUAUUCCAUUCAAAACUAGCCCCAUGGAUCGUAUACAUACUACUUUAUUCAGCAUUGCAUUCCCAGUAUGCCAGAUGUUUCUAAACAAUUUCUUUUAAUUUAUCUCAUAGUUAGUUAUUAACAUUUCAAAUAAACACUAUUUUGAUUUCUAUGAAUGAUUUGGCAUAUUUUGAUACUCUACUGGUACAGUAUAUAGUUGUAGUUGAGUUAUAAUUAUGAUAAUCAUAGGGUUUAUAUGAUAUGAAGUUUGCUUGUUAGUGUUAAUUGUUUUCAUAUAAAGUAUAUAAUGUGUGUUAUGUUUUCAUCAUGUAGUAAUUGUACCUCAUUUCAAUUUGAGCAACAUUUAGUCAAAAGUUUGUUGAACCCAAGUUUAAAAUAUAACUGUUUCAUUAUGUGAGGCAGGUAAAAUAUUGUUUUACCACAAGUAUUCUGUCUAGUAGGUGCAAUCCUAAUUUGCAGUGCUUGUGUACAUAUCAAGAACCUAUUGGUACCAAAAACUUGAGUAGACAGAUGCAGAAAAUAUAAACACCUUUUGGUCUAUUAGGCCUACUUCCAUGGGUUCACCAUAAACUUGACUACCGGUAAGCCAUUGUAGAAAGGCAUACUGUAGUAAUGACCGAUUAGAUUACCUCUAUGAACCAUAAAUAUAUCAUUUUGAGUUUUAUAUAUCAAUACUAGGUCUUUAAAUAACAGUACGCCCUCCAAUUCGAGACCACCUUUGGGACCUGAAAAUUUCUGGUGGUCUCGGGGUUGGUCUCCAAUGAGAAGGCUAGCUUUGUGUUAAAAGGUUGAAGAUUGUUAUUUGGGUCUUUGGAAAAGUGGUCUCAAAUUCGAGGGGUCUCGAAUUGGAGGGUGCACUGUAAUAUUUCAUGCUAUAUCUUUUUUAAAUUACUGUAUAUUUUAAGUUUUCUUUUCAUAUGAAAGGUCAUUCAAUCAAACUUUUUCAAUAACUUGCAACUCAGAUUUUACUUAAGAUUUUUUUAAUACUGUAGAUGCCAAACAAUUUAUAAAUAUUUAAAAAAAUUACAUAGGCAAUGUAUAAACAGGUAAAUGAAAAUGCGUAAUCAUAAUGUAAGAUAUUGCUAAUAUUCAUGACAAAGUUUCAAACAUUGAAUGUUGUGUUGAUUAAAUAUUUUUAAUUGUUUUAUGAUUGUGAUAUUUUUUUAACUUGUUAUGAACGUGAGAACCAUAAUUGGAUACAGUUUCAGUUACAAAUCACUUGUAGGGCUGGAUGUCUGUGCAUUAGUGUUAGUAUCCUGUUUAAAUGAAAUAAAAUUACAGAAAUACAGUGUA